AAUAACAUACACGUGUACGUUUGUACUAAGUUUUUGUUAAAUUAUUAAUAUUUACAUGUAUUUUUAGGCUAUUUUGUCUUGAUAUAGACUAAUUGUAUUCUAGUGGAACUGUAACGUUAGUUCAGGGCUGCUUUCUAACGAACACGGAAGAAAUAAGCCGCGUACCAGCGGGUUUCCAACUGCUGUGUGACCCCGAGGAUAAAUACGAUUUAUAAGGGAGAUAAAUGUUUUUUUCUAGGACAAUGUUUUCAGCUUGAAACAGAGAUGCUCUCUGCUAUAUUUCAAAGAAGCACUUUUGCUGCACAGAAGGUAUGGCACUGGGCAGGUCCUCCACAAAGAUGCUGGACAUCAGCCCUGAGCAGGGCUUCAGAUGUUGGAUCCAGCUCCCUGCAGAGCUGCUGGGCCUCAACAGAAAGGCUGCCAUUUUCAGAAUGGAGCAAUGGACGAAUAAAUACUCCUGCUGUCCUCGGUUUCAGGAAGAUUGAGCUAUUCCAGAGGACCCAGACUCAUGCAGCUCCAUUUUCAGCGAGGAACCGACAGUUCCACUCCUCUGCUGCGAGGCUGAAGAAGCGACCAGAGCAGCCUGAACCUCCCAGAGAGCUGGAUCUGCUGCGCUAUGACAUGAAACACUUGUGGAAAAGUCCUAAACCUGCCCUGUACCUGGGGUUUGCAGGGCUGCUCCCCUUUGUCGCCCCCACUCUGCUCAUGGCUGUGACUGAGAACUACUAUCCAGAGUUGGCCUAUGCUCAGUUAGCUUAUGGCGCCUCCAUCGUAUCCUUCCUUGGUGGAUCCCGCUGGGGAUUCGCUCUUCCUGAGAGCAGCCCAGCCAAACCGGACUGGAUAAACCUGGCCAACAGUGUGGUUCCCUCCCUGUUAGCGUGGGUGGCCAUGCUGAUGAGUGACAGCCUUGUUUCUGCAGUCACCAUGGUUAUCAUGGGACUUGGAAUCUCACUGCAUUAUGAUUUGUCUCUGCUGCCCACUUACCCCAGCUGGUUCAAAGCCCUGCGCAAUGUCCUGACCAUCGUGGCGUUUUUCUCUCUUCUUGGUACACUUGUAGUUCAUGGGAUAUGCCCAGAGAAGAAGCUAUUCUUAGAUUAAAAAGUAUAAAUAUAUAUAUAAAACUAGAAAGCCACCAUGCUUUUGAAUUUGGUCACUUUGUCAGUGAUGUUUUUGAAGCUACCACUAGGAGUCGCAGAAAUCAGACAUUUUUCGAAUACCACACAUCCAAAGAACUGAACAAAAUUGACAGAAAAUGUGGAAGUUCUUGCUCAGAUGUCAAAUAAAUGCAUUUUUGUCAUUCAACACACCAUCA